GCUUUAAUUAUUAUUUUGAAGUGGAAAGCUAUCGUAGAACCAUUUGCAUUUUAAUCAUUUCUUCUACCACCGCAGACUUUCAAACCUCGAUACAGCUCCUCGGAUUAACUUUUCCUAUUUUCCUUGCUGUCGAUUUCGAUUCACGCCUACCUCUCUCUUCCUUUCGCAGAAUCAUUCGCUAUACUCACUCCAUGCGCCGAGCUCUGUAAUGAAUUGCCAAUCCACUUAGUAUUCUGGGGCAUCUUUUGAGAUCAUGGCAUUCAGCUUUGGCAACCCAGGGGGUGGUAGUCUUAGUGGAGGCCCUGCUGGUGGUGCGACAGGACGCAGUGCACAAUUGGGUCCUGAGCUGGAGGACAUACAAACGACGGCCCUUCACUUUCAUGCUCUUGCAGGCGAAUCUAAAUUGCAAUUACUUUCUUCGGCAUGGCCAGUCGAUAACCCACCUCCUCCAACAUCUUCGUUACUGAGCAUAUCUUCCCGCCGUGGAUUGCUGGCAGCGGCCGGUCCAGAUGCUAUAGUUGUUGCAAGGACGGCAUCAGUGGAGAAGGCGUUCGAGGGGCCUGGUAGCGGAAAUUUUAAAUCUUUCCAGCCUGAGCUCAGAAUCCCUAUGCCUAUGAGGGUAUCGCAGCUUGCCUUUUCGGCGGACGAUGCUUAUUUGAUUCUAUCUGCUGAGACUGGUGGUGGGCUGGCGGUCUACGAUGUUGACGCCCUUCUCAAUGGAUCUACACAAACAGCCUUCGAGGUACCUACAAAUGGCGAAUCUUUGAGAGCUCUUGUGCCAAAUCCCACAAGGGAGAAAGGCGAGCUUCUGGCGGUUGUGACUGGGGAUGGAAACCUUAUGAUGGCGAACCUUAAAGAUCGCGCAUUCAAACCAGGUCCCAAUGGCCAGGUCUUAAGGAGUGGAGUUAGCUGCGUUUCAUGGUCCACUAAAGGAAAACAACUGGUAGCCGGGCUCGGUGAUGGUAGUGCUGUACAAAUGACACCGGAGGGUGAAGUUAAAGCGGAAAUCCCAAAGCCGCCUGACUUAAAUGAUGGCGAUCAUGUAUCAUCCAUUACCUGGCUCGAAAACAACGUAUUCUUGCUUGUGCAUACACCAUCAAACUUCGAUCCUAGCAAUGCUCCCGAGUCCAAAUUCCAUCUGGCUACAAGGCAACCACCUGCGAUCUUCACUUUCCAGAAACUCACCGAUCCUGCUCCACCGUAUGGUCUCAAUCGUUCACCACCGCAUCACUUCUUGCUUCGUUUGAAAGACUUUCCCCCAAGUAUACAGGAUUUACUGGUAGUAGGCUCGACUGCAUCCACGGACAUCAACCUCCUCACCAAAUCGAGCGUACCGCUGACUACCGAUAAACCCACAGACAGAAUAACAGGGGUAUUCACGAUGACUGAAAUGGCCGAUGACUCUUUUAGAGCUCAGCUUCCUGCAACAUCAAGUGGAGGGUUUGGGGAUACCUCACCCAUUGGUUUUGCGCUUGACCUGUCAAGCACUACGAAAAUCUGGAAGCCGAUUCCCGGCGAUGAGGAGAUCGAUGAAUCACCUUACCCCGCGCCUGCUCUUAUGGUCUUGAACCAUGAAGGUGUCUUGGCUUCUUGGUGGAUCAUCUACAACGACUCGAUUCGGCAGAAAACUAUAUAUCCAGGUCUAGUUGCUGCUGAAGGGGUGGCGCCUUCGCAACAGGCUACCACAGCAGCACCUACCUUUACCAGUACUCCAAGUCAACCUUUCGGAAGUCAAGCUCCUACAAACUCAGCAUUUGGGAAACCAGCUAUUCCUGCUGGAACAGGCGCUUUCGGGUCGUCCUCUUCUAUGGGCAAGACACAGUCGCCAUGGGGUGCUCAGGGUGGUCAGACUGGUCAAGCAUUUGGAACGCCAAGUUUUGGUACUCCAUCAAUGGCCCCUCCUGCAGCACAAGCAGGUCCAGCUUUCGGCGCGCCAACCUUCGGUACACCAUCCGCUCCAGCAUUUGGACAAUCAGGCUUGCCAGGGCGACAAUCAGUAUGGGGUUCUACGAAUACUGCUGCGCCAAGCACAGGCACAGCUUUUGGUCAGUCAAGCGCUUUGGGAGCAUCUCAGCCUGUCUUUGGCUCAAGUGCUGCCACUGGAAGCAAGCCUCAGACGUCUGGAGGAUUUGCUAAUUUUGCGAACCAAGGUGGUUUCGCAGCUGCAGCUGCUCCAGCCACGGGAGGAAGCAUAUUUGGUUCUAAACCUGCCGCAUUGCCCGCCACUGGAGGUGGUAUCUUUGGUUCCAGCAACAACGCUCCGAAUACGAGUGGCGGAGUAUUCGGUUCCAGUAAUACUAGCAAUACUGCGCAAUCUGGCAGUCUCUUUGGAGGUGCCAAUAAAACCGAGCAACAGUCUUCGUCAAGUCCUUUCGGAGGAAGUAAGUUUGUUAUCGGUUCCACGUUCAAGGCCGAUACUUCUAGAGAAUCUGAGCCAGACAAUACGACUGCAUCAAAGAGUUCGUUCUUUGGAGGUGGAGCCUUUGAUAAUGCUUUGAAGGAGGCAGAGAAGACCCCCGCUGUGCAAACGCCUGUUUCAAAAGAUGCAGAUAUGGACGCUCCAGAAGCAGAAGAACAAACAAAAUCUCAAUCCGCAACUCCAAGUUCAACCCCUGCCCCGGCAAAGUCUUCAUUCUUUAACACAACAGCCCCCGCUACUGGUGGUGGUCUUUUUGGUUCUGCUUCCGGAACUACAAAACCAAACCCUUUUGCGAGCACCGAAGUAAAGGCGGCUCCAAAUCCCUUCGCAGCCUCGGCUAAAGCCACUCCAAAUCCCUUCGCCGCGGCUAUACCUGCUAAAUCAGCUCCAGCUCCUUCUUCACCGCCUGCGAAGAUCAAACAAGAAGUAAGCGAUAGAAUGCCCGAAGCGCCUCUGCCCCCAGAUCCAACAAGUAAAUCCAGCUACACUGUUGGCGAAACGUCUGCCUCUGAGAACGAUGCACCACUUCCUCCGGAUUUCACACCUAAACCCAAACCCGUAGGUAAAGAUAUACCUGCCUCAGAAAAGAAGAAUGAUGCACCCUUACCACCCGACUUUGUCCUCAAGCCUAAACCCGCUCAAACUGAAAUACCACCUCCAAUCAAAAAAGAUACUCAAUCGCCAGCCCAAGAACCUGCACCUGAAUCUCCAACAGACGAUAUUCCUGGAGGCCCGGAUGACGAAGGUGAUGACUCUGACUUUUUGACAGAAGAUGAAGACGACGACCAGAGCAAAGAACCAAGUGAAGAGGGAAGCGGGGAGGACCUUGGAAAGCUAGAUAGUCCAACACCUGAGAAUAACGUCACGCCAAGCCCAACGCCUCAGAGCUCCUUCGGUGGCAAGCAGAAAGCCAAAGCAGAUAUCAGUCCCUUCACAAAAGUACAAAAGCCUCCCUCGUUUGGACAAUCGAGAGGACUCUUUGGGGAGAUUAGUGCUGCUCCUAAAUUACCGCCGCCAACAGGCCCUAUAAUUCCUCCAUCACCUCGGUCACCAAGUCCCGUGAGAACGGCUAUUCCGCCACGAAUGAUGCGCCCCGACGCGUCAAGAUCUGCCAGUGCACCAGGAUUUGCAUCUCACUUAUUAAAUGCGCAAAAGCCAUCGGGACGAGCAAUCACCCCCACGCAAAGCACUUUCGCGACAUCUGUUGAGCAGGAAAAGGCACAGGAACAGCGCCGCCUCGAGGCCAGAGCGAGAAAGGAGGCAGAAGAAACUAGAACACUCGUCGAUGAUGAAGAUGACAAGAUGCAGAGAUUCCUCACCGAAGAUAUUGAAGCCACGAGGACGUUGGACGAAUUCAUUGCUUAUUCGGAUGUUAAAUCGCCUGAAAAGGGUGACAGCAUUCCGGCUCAAGUAGAAAUUUUAUACCGUGAUAUAAAUUCUAUGAUCGACACUCUUGGUCUCAAUGCAAAGGCUUUAAAAUCCUUCAUCAAGGGACACGCCGAGCAACUCAAAGAAGACAGGGGCAGACAGGAUCUUGAAGAUGAUGAGUCAUGGUGCCUAGAUGAAAUAGAAGCGCUUUCCUAUGUCGUGGAAAAAGAUUUAGCACGCGAACUAGAAAUGAGUAGAAUUCAAGCUGUGGAUGACAAAAUCGAAACUUGUGAAAACCUCGAGAAGGAAACUGUUAAAUUAAGACAGAGAUUUGAGGAGGUCAAAAAGACAAUUCAGUCACAUACACACCCUGACCAAGUAGCGAUGGCUCGAGCACAACCACUCAACACCGAGCAAGCCGCACAGCAACAUGAUCUUCGUCGAGAUUACUUGAAGUUUCAAAAACUCCUCUCUGAAGCCGAAGAAGGCCUCACUGUCCUCAGAGCUAAAAUUGCAUCUCAGGAUUCCAUCGGGAAUGCAAAAACCGCAGCUCCCACCGUUGAAGCUAUUAUGCGUACUAUCACCAAGAUGACUUCAAUGGCGGAAAAACGCAGCGGGGAUGUCGAUGUUCUCGAAAACCAGAUGCGCAAACUGAGAUUUAAUACCACCAGUCGAGAAUCCUCACCCUCUUUGAGAACACCGCAGAAAAGUACGAAUAGACUAAGCAUGAGAGUCAAUACACCCGGUACCGGUAACUCAAGUAGGCUUUUCUACACACCGGAAAGUCAAUUUAAGGGUUCGGCCUCGAGAAGAUUAGGCGGAUCGACUUUCAUGAUGAGUGGUUCGGGCUCGAUUUAUGGAAGUCCUAGUCCAAGGAAGAAGGUCAGUGGGUACAGUGCUGAAGAAAAAUCAGAAUUGAGUGAAGCGGCAAAGAGGAAGAGAGAAGCGAGGAAUAAAUUGAGAAGAGCAGUUAAGGGCGCUGGAGUCAAGGUCAAGCCUUUGGAGGAUGAGUAAAAUGAGAGUUGAGAAGGGUGGAUGAGGGAUGGACUAUAAUUUUUUGUAUGGCCUGAAGCAUAUGCUUAAAAGAGAUAUUUUGAGAUGAGCAAAAGAUGAGAGGAGGCGUUUAUAAUGUUUACGUUGAUGGGAUGGGAUGGGAUUGGGGACGGAGAAUACUUUUAGGAACUUGUUCAUGCAUGGAUGGAUAUGAGAACGAAGAAGUUGCAUGAGAAUUUGAUAGAUGCAUGUUUAUUUGUAACAAUACCAUUACUGAUACUAGUACCGUAGUUAGUAGUUAGUUUCUCGUUUUAAUGGAUAUAAUUGAACGAGAUUUACAAAUCAAAGGAAUUGUAUGUGUUAUACAUGUAAAAUAUUUUAGGGUCCCCUUCUUUUCCUUCGGCCAAAGAGUAUAGGAUGAGUAUAUUGUAUAAGGUGCUUGGUUACAUCAUUACCGGUUGAUUCACGUCUGGAAGGCCAUCGAGGAGCUUUUACAAAUCCACGUACAUGUCACCUCAAAGCAAAGCAUCACAUCACACAAUCAUGCCAUCCAAGCACAAACAAUGG